UCUUUGUGCGAACACAAUUAACACGCCCACGCCUACAAAAACGUUCCAGCCAUGAAUCAAAUCAUUGCUUUCGUUGGUCUCGCGGUGCUCGCUGGCAUCGCUUCUGCGAGCCAUCUGGACGAGGACCACGGCCACUCGACCUACGAGGAAAAAUCGAAGCCUGUGGAGAUACCAAUCUAUAAGAAAUACGCGAUCCCGAUCCCGCAUCCGGUGCCAGUCGAAGUACCCCAGAAGAUCGAGAUUCCGAUCCCUCAACCGCAAAACGUCCCCGUCGAGAUUCCUCAUCCUUAUCCAGUGGAAGUAGUCAAACACGUUGAAAUCCCCAUAGAAAAACCGGAACCCGUCGUUGUAGAAAAACACGUACCAUUCGUGGUGGAGAAGCCGUAUCCCGUCUACGUCGAGAAGAAGUUCCCCAUUCCGGUGGCGAAACCAUACCCAGUCCAUGUGCCGAUCUACAAGCAUGUAUUCCACUACACGUCGAAGGGCAAGGGAUGGCACUAAGCUCCUCCAUACACGCGGAAGACGCUCAAGGACCGUUCUUCGCCGCAGUGACUAACUAAUUCACCUGGAAACGAAGAUAUUAAUUUAAUCAUCGAUCGAUCGAUUCGAUCUGGACGCCGCUGUUUCGAGGUGAUCGUCGUUGAAGACCUCCGCUGCCAAUGCUAUUGUUACUAUUAUGACGAUUUUAUACACUCGUUAAGUUUUUAUCGUUCCCUUAGUCAAUAGAGUUCACUGUUUUGUUAAUAAAUGGUUUG